AUGGAUAACAAAACACAGAUUACUAGUGAAUUCAUUUUACUGGGAUUCUCCAAACUCUCAGAAAUGAAAUGGAUUUUCUUUAAUAUAUUUUUAUUCCUGUAUAUUUUUACAAUGCUUAGCAAUAUUACCAUUGUCAUUGUCACAAGUGCUGAUGCUACUCUUCAGACACCCAUGUAUUUCUUCCUAAGGAAGUUGUCUUUCUUGGAACUGUGCUUCACCUCAGUCACCAUACCCAACAUGCUAGUGACUCUUUGCUUGGAGGAAAGCAGAAUCUCAUUUGUUGGGUGUGCAGCACAGCUAUAUUUCAUUUUACUUUUUGGUGUCACUGAGUGCUUUCUCCUUUCCGUCAUGUCAUAUGAUCGCUAUGUGGCGAUAUGUCUCCCACUGCAGUACACAGCCAUCAUGAAUAAGAGAGUAUGUAUUCAACUCUCUGCUUCAUCUUGUCCUACAGCAAUUAUGGUGGCUGCUGGACACACAGCCUUCAUCUUCACCCUGCCUUUUUGUCGAUCAAAUGUAAUUAACCAUUUCUACUGUGAAAUCCAGCCAUUACUUCUACUUGUUUGUGGCAAUACCUACUGGAAUGAAGUCCAAGUUAUUGUGGCAGCUGGUGUGGUACUUGUGCUGCCCUUCCUAUUUAUUUUGAUAUCUUACAGCCAGAUCAUCCUCAGCAUCCUAAAGAUGAGGUCAACGCAAAGCAGACACAAGGCAUUUUCCACCUGUUCCUCUCAUCUUAUUGUAGUAAUGCUUUUCUAUGGCACAGCCCUCUUCAUGUAUAUGAGACCCAAGUCAAGUUACUCUUUGGACACUGACAAAUGGCUCUCUCUGUCUUAUACAGUUAUUACUCCAAUACUGAACCCUAUAAUAUACAGUCUCAGAAACAAACAAGUGAAAGGAGCCUUGUGGAAACUGGCAACCAAAAUUAUUCUUAUACCAAGAAGAUAA